GGGGGGGAAAAAAGACAACUCAGGAGCGCACUGGCCCUCAGUCACUACACACUGGUGGAAAAAAUAUGAUCCCGAGAAGAGCUCAUCCUGCGCUCCCGCUUUCAAGACAACACUUCCACAGCGAUUAACUCCCACGGAGGACCGCUCACCCCGGUCGCCGUCCAAAUAUAUCAAUUUUUUUCCUUUUCUGGUUUUUCUUCUCCUCCGAUCACUUUUUCACCAGUAUGUGUGUGGAAGGUGAUGGGUGCGAGCUGGAAGGCUGCAGCAAUUUGGAUGAGGUGCGCACGCUGUCGGGCAGCAUGAGCCCCGCGCUCAAAUCCAACCCGGAUCUGCACGCCUGCAAACCCGGGCAGAAAUUUCGCGCGGCGCUGCUCCGAUGCCGCUCGCCGGUCGUCGCUGCUGUGAUCCUCAGUUUCGGGAACGUCCUCAAUUACAUGGACAGAUGCACAGUAGCCGGCGUCGCACUUGACAUCCAGAAGGAUUUCGAAGUAUCGGACAGCGUCGUUGCCUUGUUGCAAACAGUGUUUAUCUGCAGUUUCAUGGUGGCAGCUCCCAUCUUCGGUUACCUGGGCGAUCGCUUUAAUAGGAAGGUCAUCCUGAGCUGCGGCAUUUUCUUUUGGUCCACCGUGACGCUCUUGAGCUCCUUCAUCAGCAAAGAGUACUACUGGCUGUUUGUGCUCUCCCGGGGACUGGUGGGCAUUGGAGAGUCCAGCUACUCAUCCAUCUCCCCCACCAUCAUCGGAGACUUGUUCACGAAUAACAAGCGCACCAUGAUGCUCUCUUUCUUUUACCUGGCCAUCCCUUUGGGAAGCGGAUUGGGUUACAUCCUGGGCACCAGCGCCAAGGUAGCUGCAGGAGACUGGCACUGGGCACUGAGGGUGUCUCCAGUUUUGGGGAUGACUGCAGCAGCCCUAAUCCUGCUCUUUGUGCCCGAGCCAAAGCGAGGGAGUGCCGACCAGAUGGGGGGACGAAUCAAGACCCGCACGUCCUGGCUGUGUGACAUGAAGACUCUUGCUAAGAAUCGGAGCUACGUGUUCUCAUCCCUGGCAUCCGCCGCCGUUUCCUUCGCGACGGGCGCGUUCGGGAUGUGGAUUCCCAUCUACCUUGCCAGAGCUCAGGUGGUGCAGAAGACUGCGACUGCAGAGCCGUGCGACAACAAAGAGAUUUGCAGCAGCACAGAGAGUCUUGUCUUUGGGGCAAUCACGUGCAUCACGGGCCUGUUGGGUGUGCUCAUCGGGGCAGCCACCACGCGCCUAUGCCGGAAGAAGACAGAGCGUGCCGACCCCCUCGUGUGCGCCGUCAGCAUGUUGGGCUCGGCCAUCUUCAUCUGCCUUAUUUUCGUCGUGGCAAAGAAGAACAUCAUUGGAGCUUAUGUCUGCAUCUUCAUAGGAGAGACGCUGCUCUUCUUGAACUGGGCCAUAACGGCAGACAUUUUAAUGUUUGUGGUGAUUCCCACACGGAGAGCAACGGCGGUGGCGUUCCAGAGCUUCACCUCUCACCUACUCGGUGAUGCAGGAAGUCCAUACCUAAUAGGCCUGAUCUCCGACAGCCUUCGUCAGAGCUACGCGACGUCGUCGCUGUGGCGCUUCCUCAGCCUGGGCUACGCCCUCAUGCUCUGUCCCUUCAUCAUUGUCCUGGGGGGCAUGUUCUUCCUGGCCACCGCGCUCUUCUUUCUGGAUGACCGAGAGAAGGCUCAGAAUCAGUUGAGCCAGCUCUCACGGCCCUCCACUUCGGUCAAGGUGUGAUAAGGUGACAACGCAGCGAUAAAGCAGCUACUGGGAUGACAAAGUGGAGAUCAAAUUCAAGAGCGGCUGAUUUCCAAGCCACACCCGUGCCCUCGUCCUCCACGGCCGGCGUCCUCCCUUGCUGCUCCUCGUCUUAACGUACCCCCGCGGAAAUGCCUCUUGCUUGAGACGCGAGGGAGCGUCUUGCCUCUCCUCUGUGACACCUCGGAAAUCACAAGCGGGUGUGAGAUGGUGCCCAGCGGUGUGCCAAAGCCUGCCAAUGUGACAGGCGGUGUUCACCUCAAAUCUGUCUGUGAGGAUCCGCUGAACUUUCACUCGGAGAGGGAGGAGGUGACCUCCGUGACAUCCCCCUGAUGCCAUACUACUGAAUGCUGACCAUGAACCUGCCCUGUCCGUCUUUGCCUGUCUGUCUGUCUGUCUGUCUGUCUGUCUACUUGUCCGUCAGUUGGCUGUCAAAUAUGCACCAAGUGCCAUAGUGUCAUUACAUUCCUUCAGACUUUGCACUGACCACCCUCAUGACAUCACCUCCGGCUAUGUUUACAUGCACCAUUCAGUCCCUCAAAUGAAAAGAUAGCGCAAGCUCCAGCCCCUCCCCUUUCUCCAUCAUACGUGUGGAUUUCACCAUCGAAAGCCCGUAGAACAGACCAAAGCUGCAAACUUCAAAAAAUGCUACGGUAAAACCCGCAAGUGUUCAUCCCUUCAUAUCAUCUUGGGACAAAGGCAACAGCCGCAUUCACCGGCCGCCACGAUCGCAUUUACAAGUAAGGCCGCGCAACGUGUGUGUGUGUGUGUGUAAACAUAGUCUUCAUCCGAGAUCCAAAAAGUGUUACUGCACACGGGUCGGUGAAUCAGCCUUAAAGCGCUCCUGUCCACAGAGCAAACCAGCUGUUUCCGACAAGCCUCAGAUGCGUAUCCUUUUUAGCUGGGAGCACUUAAAUCAGCGCGUGUGCCAGAGAGCAUGAACGGGAUGGGAAGAAAGUUCUGCCAAUUAUUUUUCACAAUCUUUUUUUGGAUGUUUUUCGAUGUGAGGUCUGUUUUAAUAGUCGGAGGUUACUGCCUGUUAUUGUCUCAGAGGAAUCAAAAUGAUACAAUUGAGGUGGUUUUAAAAGAAACACUGGAUUAUGUAUUUUAUAAUUUAUGGUAUGUACAUAUGCCCCCCCCAAAAAAAGAAUGUUAUUAUUGUGACUUGGGGAUGUCUAAAGUAUUUUGAUGUAUAUGGGAAGCAAUACUUUUUUUGGGGGGGGGGGGGAGCUUUUUAUCCACACUGCCUUAUCAGUGAGCUGGCUUUCUCACUCUCUGAUGUUUGGUUUAGAAUUUCUGGACAAAAUACCCUCACAGAGGUUCUUUUUAAAGACAAGAGUUCAGCCCCAGCCCACACUGGAUAGAAUAACAUCCACCCCCUGUCAAUAUUUUAGCUAUCUCAUGCCUUGACCAGAAAAGAACUUUUGCCAUGAGCUGUAGACAUUAGUUUAUUGCUGAAGGAAAUCUAAAUCCCAGACAGGAAAGGGAAAUGUUCCAACAGAUAAGCGAGGAUCACUAUCACAUUUUUUUUACUUCAAAUAGGAGGGGAAAAAAUGUUAAACGUUAGUUUGAGUGUAAAAUCUUCACAAAGACAGCUCAAAGGAUCAUUUUUUGGCAGUAACUGGUGAAUGCAAUUUUUGGGGGGAGACCUGAAAGCCACUAAUAAGAGUCCAAGUUUUGAAACAGGUGCAUGAAAAGGAGAGGAGGGAGGAUUUGGGGGAGGGGAUACUUUUUAGGCUUGCAAGGAAAUAGACAUGAUGAGGAUGAGUAGACCUUGGUGUAGGAAUAAAAAGUGACGACGUCAUGGCGGGAAUCCUUGGAGCACUGAUGUGUGCGCAUGACGAACGGGUCAUGUGUGUGUGGGGGGGGGGGGGGGGGGGGGGGGCUGCGUCCUUUGUGACGGAUGAUUAGCUUUAGCUUCUCUCUGUGGAGCUCACUGAAUGUGAUUGUGUCCAACCUGAUGCAUUUAUACGCAUGCAUCUUCUUAAUAAAGCUUCUUACCUUCCUGAAAUUAAUUUUUAUUAUUACCAAAUGUUUUCAUGAAAUAUAUACAUAUGCAUAUAUAUAUAUAUAUGCAGCAAUCGUAAUAUAUUGUAAAGUGAUGGCUUGGAUGCAAUGUAUUUAUUUGUUGAGCAUAAUGAUGAAGAAUCUGUAAAGGGAAUACUUAGGUUUGUGUAAAUCACACUUUGUUUCAUGUGGUUGGGUUUCGAGACGCCUGCUGGUUCUUUUGUUUCACGACAUUUUGUUUCACCAAGGCUCAACUCGUCAAGCUUAUCUCACACUUUUUACACACAGAAGGAACAGCUAAUUGAAGCUUCAUUUUGUGUUUUUUUUUUCCUCCAAAAACUGGUUAAAUCAUUUUGCACAUUCAUGUUCAGGGAUUUUAUUUCAACAAUAGCAUAGCAUCCAUGUCCCCCGCCUCUACCCCAAGAGGUCAUUUCAUACUCACAUCACGGCAUCGGACAACAAAUGGGUCAUUAAUUUGAUUUGCCAAAUUUAGUGGAUUUCGCACCAAUCCUUAAGUAUCUGUCGUAUCUCGUAAGUCUAUGUUAAUCAUCACUGAGGUGAUGUGUUGAGAAUGCACAAUUUCUUGUCAUACAAGAAUAAUGUAAAUAAAGAAACCUGUUCUUUUUUUUCUGAUGUUCAAGCAGAAAACAAAGAGGUCAUUUUUUUUAUUUUUAGGCAGGCUGACCCGAGAGAAGUGUGAACCGAUAUUAUCUGAUAGAACUGAACUGUGAUGCUCCCGUCAUGGGUUGAUACAAAAUGUACACAUCUGUAAUUCAAAAUAAAAUGACAAUAUUUAAUCACCUU